AUGAGAUGCGGGCUGUUACCGCUUUUUCUCUGGUGUGUCGCGCUGCGGCCUACACAUCUCGCGGAGUCGGCCUUCACCUUCUACGAGGACCCCGCCAGUGGCGACAAGGAGCCUAAAACAAGCGAAUCAGGCCAGCCAUCGGGAGAUACGGACUCUAAUGGCGUUAGACAGGCGAUUCCACCAACUUCGUCUCCUGACGGAAGACCUUCGGGUGUGCCGAAGCCAUCGAGAGAGGCAACCACCGACGAAGGAACUCCCAAUGAUUCAAGCGAUCAGUAUGGGUCAUACAAGGAUGAUGGCACGGGCAGCAACGAGCGGGUGGUGCAGUUGCCGGGCUCGGACUCUGUUUCCGCAGACGGCAACCAGGAGGACGACAGCGACAUCAUGUACUACCUGACGCAGUACCGGGCGCGACCACGGCGCACGGUCGAAGGCAACCUCUGCGCAGCCGCGUUCCUGGAGAAGAACCAAAUCUACACGGACUGCACGCGCGAAGUGGCGCCCGAUGGCACCCAGGACCGCGAGUGGUGUUACCACGAAUCGCAGCUGACCGGCAAGCUUGAGCGCGACUGGGGCUUCUGUGUCCCGCCCCCGAAUUACGAGCGGAUCCGCUCGGCUGUAAUCGGGCGUAUCCGGGAGAAGGCUGAGCAGGCUGGCGAAAUGAAGCAUGCGCUUACGAAGCAUCGCGCCCUCCUGCUGACCAUGGAGCGCCGUAUAAUGUCAUUCUGUGGCGUGGGUCACAAGGGGUUCGAACGAUCACUAACGAGGUUGGAGGAAGUGCUGAAUGGCGCAGAGGAUACGUUAAAGUCGAUGCGGUCGCUGUCGAACGACGUGGUUGCGAUCAAGGAGGAACUCAAGCGUGAACAGUGCCGCUACCACAAGAUACAGCAGCAGCUGCCUCACGACGCAUCGAGCCAGGUCAGCGACGGCCUGGUUGGCACAUACUUCCCCGGUCACCUGUUGGAAUUUCCCGCUUACAGCACCCGCGUCGACAGGGAAUUGAACUUCGUCUUCUCCGACUUCAUGCCAGUCGUUGGCCUGAACCCACACCGGUUUUCCGUCGUCUGGCGAGGGUACGUGCGGGCGCCGCAUUCCGGCAACUUUGUGUUCUCGAUAGAAACCCAGUCGUACGUGCGCAUGGAGCUGGACGGGGUGGAGAUCAUCAACAACGGCCUGGUCCGCCAGGGCGACGCCGACUCGGGAUACCGCUACUCAAUCGACACCAUGAUGCAGGGUGCCACGCUAACAUCGCAGUCACAGCAGCUGGUUGGCGGCCAGUUCUACCGCGUACAGGUCGAGUUCAGCAACUCGCAGCAGUACCAUUACCGUGCGGGCGAGGCGGUGGUGAAGCUGGAGUGGUCGUCGCUACGGCUUCCGAAGGAGGUGAUCAAAGACUACCUCUACACGAAAAUUGUGCCGCAACGUCUGGCCAUAAGCUAUUUGCCGCACGGGCACUUCGUUGUGGAAAACGCUGCCAACGGUGCUCUGGCAUUUCUGGACGAUGAGGCUGCCUUCCUCAGCGACUUGUCGAACGACCUGGUGGACUCCUAUCUGGUGCGUACAGUUCGGUCACCCCGCUUCGGGCGUUUCAUGAUGCAGGUGAAUGUCACGUGCGCCUUGUUCCUGGCGUACGCCCACGAUGUGGUCCCCCUGAGCGCGGUGACGGAGGAUGCGCUGCAGUUCGGGGACAGCAGGGGCUCAUUCGUACAACUGGUGGAUAGAGACGGCAGCGCAAAGCCGCUUAGGGUGAAGCGUGCGAUACUGCAGCGCAAGCAUACGUACACGUUCCACGUCGAGGUACGCGAGACGCCGUUUUUCAUGUUCCUGUCCGCAAGUGCUGAAGAGCCAUCUCAGGGAGAGGGCCCGGUCACGGUUCUGUCGCUGCCCGACUCCGAGUUCUUUUUGAACUGCUUGCAAUCGUCCAGCGUCGGCGAUGGGUUUGAUUGUAGCGCGGGGCUCUCCGGUAAGCUACUGGACAAGAAGCACGCCAUCUGGCGCCCAACUGAAGGUGCCGGGUCAUGGCUCAAGGUGCUCUUCCGGCGCCCCGUACUUCUGUCAGCGUUUCAGCUGAAACAGAGCGACGACCCCUCUCGGUGGAUUCGCCGACUGUCGCUGGAGUUUGGCGACCGUUCGGAGUUUUUCGAGAUUUUGCAUUCCAACGACCCCCGCUCGAGCCUCUACCACCUCAGCGAGCCCAGGGCAGUGAGCUCGGUGCUGCUGCGGGUCGACGACCUCUACACAAGCUCGCAGGCGACGUCACUGGCCGUCAACUUCCUCGGCCAGAGGCUCGUCGAGGAGUCGCCGGGGCUGCGCCGCAUUUUCAUGAACUGCACUGACACGCUCGAAAGCAACGUGGAGGUACAGCCGCUGUCUGAGGGGCAUUCGUAUGAGCUAGUGUGCAGUAGGAAGUGCUUCGACUUGACCACCGCCCUUAAGGCGACCGAGGUGCUCGACAUAAAGACACCGCCAUGUGGCGCUCUCCAGAUCGACCUCUGCAAUCACGGCGGGGACUCCUCGGCAUGCCACGCGGCAUUAACGAUAGUGCGCGCCCCCGGUUCAGAAAACGCUCUAGGAUUCGUGCUAUCGCGGUUGAACCGGGGCAUGCGCGACGUACCGUUCAACGUCGCCAUCCUGUUCAAGUCGGCGCCGAACCGGCUGCCGCAGCAGAGCUUCCUGAUCGACAACGGCUCGCUCAAGGGACCUAUUGACGCCUCCUACGUGCAUCAGGUUGGCGGCAACCCCAGGAUGGGAGAGGUGUCGUACGGAUGGCUGAGGCCGAAUGUGUCGGAAGGCACGUCGCUGGGCGUUGCGUUCCCGCUGCCGGGUGAAUCGCAGCGCUGCAUACAAACACGCGGGUGCCAGCCCAACUUUUGGUCGAUCGACCUGCCCCGCAACGGCCGCUACAAGGUAGAGCUGGUGGUGGGCGACUCCACCGUCCCGGAGCCAAGCGCCGAGUUGGACGCAUACGCGCUAUUCUCACCCGACGCCGCAGCACCCUCGUCGCAGUGGCUGUCGGUGGAGUUGAACGGAGAAGUGCUCUUGGGGUGCGUCGAGGUGGCAGCGGGUUCGCUGUACACGGUUGUAAAGGAGGUGGAGGUGCGCAACAACUUGCUGAAGGUCACCUCCACCAGCAGCAACUACAGCUGCGCAGGACAUCACACACGCCUGCAGUUCGUCAAAGUGACCGAGCUGUGA